CUCGUCAGCUUUCUCACCUCCCAUGCCAUGAGCCACGGAAUGAUCCCUACUGUCCAUGAUUCCUAUUGUAGGGUGUCCUCACCUUGUGCCUUUUUCUGCCUUUUGAACUAUGAUUCAGCUAACGAGUGUUGCGGAUGGCGAUGAACAGAAACCGCCAACUAUUUAUGUAAUCAGGAGCCGUUAGCCACUAUUAGUCGCCAUGAAUCCCGCGCGCGCAACCCAUCACGGUUCCCCCAAUCCGUCUUGUCGGAAGCCAGCCGCCGCCAAUGGCGCGUUCGUGCCUGGCGGGUCUGCCGCUAAUCCAGCAUCCCCGUAUCGACAACCGGACACCCUCUCUCCUUCCGACGACCCUUUUCUCGACGACGACGCUCCAGUCGCGACGCCAAUUUCAUCUUCUAAUAAUAUUAACCGCUUUUCUACAGUAACGGCGGGAGAAGAGCUUUAUCCUGAUACCCCGUCAGGCCGUAACCAGGGCCGGCGUCAACGAGUAACGGCUCCCUGCAGAGACGGCAACCCGGGAAGUGCUGAUCAAAUCGCCGGCUCGAGGCGCGAUGGACACGUCAUCAGCGAGGAUUGCGGCGGAGCGCGCGGGAGGGGUCGAGGCCGUGGAGGUUUGCACGCCGAUCCUCGUCCUGUCGGGCCUGGAGGUAGGCACGGUGCCAGACCUACGCAGCAGGGUCGGGGAAAGGGGGAGGAGAGCGGGGGUCCAGAUCGACGCGUAACGGACGGGAGCCAUGGUCUCAGCCAUGGGUCCAAUGCUGGUGGUGCUGGUGGUGCUGGUGCUGGUGCUGGUGCGUGUCACUCCAGGCCGCAUACCCAUGUGCCGCAUUCUAAGGCGCACCCUAAUACCCAUAGUACUACUGGUUCUCAUUCUAAGGACGGAGGGCCGAAGGCGGGGCCCUCGGCGGGUCCUAAGAAGCCACUGACCGUGCGAACCAGCGCGGGGGUUGUGGAUGUGACAGGGCUCACGACGUUUGAUCUCCCCUCGCCAACUCCCCUCGCUGCUCCGCUCGGUGCCGCGGCUUCCGCGGGUACCGCGUCCGCGCUGGAUGGGGGGGAGGAAUUGGCGGAAGUUCCUCCGCACGACCCCGGCUCGCCUACUCCCCUAGCAGCGCCUCUUGCGGGUUCCGCCACAGGUGCUUCCGCGCAGGCGGCCGACCGUGGAUCCCCGACUCCGCUUGCUGCGCCUGUUGCGCGCACGCCCGCUGUCGCUUCCGCUGCUUCCGCCGCUCGUCCCGCUCCCAUUUCCACAGCAGCGGUAACCGAACCUUCCCCGCAUGACCCCGCCUCGCCUACUCCCCUCGCCGCCCGCUGGCCUCCCGCGGGUGCGCGUCCUCCCGCCCUCCGCCAGUCUCCGCUGCGCCUUCCUCCGCGGAGAAGCCACCACGUGACCUGGGAUCUCCGACGCCCUGGCGGAGCCCUGGCGUCCCGCGCUGGUUCCGUCCGCCCGCUGCAAAUCGCGCCAACGGGCGGAGCUGCAGUGGCGGAAGCCGCCCCCAUGACCCGGGCUCCCUACUCCGCUCGCUUCUCCGUUUGCGGGCGGCGCAGGUGGAGUAGAGCCCCCCCCGCACGACCCAGGCUCCCCACUCCGCUGGCUGCUCCACUGGGGAAAACCGCGGGUAGUGGAGGGGGGGGGGGAAGUGGCGGGUCCCCGCCGAAGGCAGCGCACAGCGUGGGCGGGAAAGACGCGGAGGAGGGGGAGAGUAGUGAUUCGGACGAGGAGUUCUUGUCGCAGUACAAGCAGCUCACCAAGUCCAAGUCUAGGGGACGGAACGAGGGGGCGUUACUAGUAGGAGGAAGCGGGAGUAGUGGCACUGGAAGCGGGGCAAGCGGGGCAAGCGGGGGAAGCGGCGGGGCAGGAACAGGCGCAGGGGGAAGGGGGCCAGGGGGGCACUCGGCGAAGGGAGGGUUAGCAGCUGCAGCAGCAGCGGCUGUAGCGGCUGUAGCAAGCAAGGCUGUGGGCCACAGCAGCCACAGCGGGCAUGGCAGCCCAGCAGCAGCAGUGGGGAAAGCAGCGAUGCUGAUAGAGGAAGCCGCGAAGCCGCCGCUGCUGAGAAGCCGGUCAGGGGACACGGUGCGAGCCCACCCCCCUGGCUCGGGUCCCAACACCUGUGCGUCGUCCCUCUCGCCCCUCCAUUCCAGCAGCACUGGCGGUGGUGGCUCCCAGGCUGGACUAGGUCAAGGAGUGGGAGCAGGUGGAGGCGUGGGGGGUGGUGGUGGCUUGGGUGGUGGAUUAGGGGGUGGGAUGGGUGGCAUGGGUGGUAUGGGGGGCGUGGGCUCGCACUCUCUCACCAGCCGCCAGGCCGAGAUGCUUUACAGCGCCCUUAGACCGCCUGCGAGGUCGCACUCUGAGAAGGGCAUGCAUUUUCCGGGAGGGGGCAGGGACGUGGGUGGGGGCAGUCCGCCUCUGCCUGGUGCUGCGGGGAAACGGGGCUUGGAGGAGGGGAGGAGAGGGGGGAGUUGCAAGGAGGGGGGUGUGGCGGGGGAGGGGAGGGCGUGGGGGUCGAUGCGGAUCUGUUCGGCCCAACGGGUCGGGAGGGAGCAGCAGUUGAUGAGGAUUUGUUUGGGGCAGGUAAUGAUGACUCGGAUGAUGAUGACGAUGAUGAUGAUGCUGCUGUUGCUGCUGCUGCUCCUGCUACUGCUGGGGCAGCAGUGGACGAGGACCUAUUUGCCCCCGCCGAUACUACCUCCAGUGCUCCGGCCGAACCCACCAACCGCCUGGGAAGAACGUUCAGUGGCUGCACCUCUGGUGCUGCUGCUGCUGGUGGUGGCUCUCCUGGCGCUGCUGGUGCUCCUGGUGGUGUGGCAGUCGCAGCGGUGGCACAUCUCAAAGGGCAGGAGCGGCAGCUGGCGAGAACCAGAAGUGUGGAGACUUACGGGAGACAAGCGGGAGGAGGAACUGCAGGGCGGGGAGGUGUGGGGCACAGCCGGUUUGAAGGAGGGGGGGCAGCGGGGAGGGGUAGCAAAGGCCGCGGCAGCAGGCGUGAAGCCUGUUCCAUUGGCAGCGUCUGCAGUUCCAGUGGCAAUAGCAGCAGGUGUGUCAACAGUGACUGCACUAGUGGUGGAAGAUGGGGAUUCUGACGACGACGAUGAGGAGGAUGGAGGAGUAGGGGAUGGGGCUGGACCGGUGGAAGGGGAUCUGUUUGGAGAUACCAGUCCGCAGGAUGUCAAGGGUGCAUUGAGUGAUGGGAGAAAUCAGCUUGAAGGUUUAGGGGCAGGAAAGUUGGGACGGGGAAGGAACGAAAAUGCUGCACGGACGGAGGAUGAUGAUGAUGAGGAUGAUGAGGAUGAUGAUGAUGAGGAUGAUGAUGAUUUGCAGGAGAUCUUGCAGGCUAUGCAGCGGAGAGCUUCGUAAGGAGGAUCAUUGCAGCAGAACAAUUCUAUGGUCCUAAAGUUCCUAUGCUUUUAUGUUGGCUUGGCAUUCCUUCUUUCAAAUCAUAUCAGUCAA